AUGCCACCGUCCGAUAGACGAACCAACCCAUUCCCAUUCAAAAGACUGGUAUAUGCCGCGUCGAGACGAACCAUAUUCCCACCGUCCGAUAACGAACCAACCCAUUCCCAUUCAAAAGACUGGGAGUAUAUUCAAAAACCCAUUCCCAUUCAAAAAGGGGGUAUAUACCACCGUCCGAUAGACCGAACCAACCCAUUCCAUUCAAAGACUGGGGGUAUACCACCGUCCGAUAGACGAAACCAACCCAUUCCCAUUCAAAAAAUAUACCACCAAAAACUGGGACUGGGUAUAUACCACCGUCCUAUAACGAACCAACCCAUUCAUUCAAAAAGACUGGGGAGUAUAUACCACCGUCGGAUAGACGAACCAACUCAUUCCCAUUCAAAGACAGGGAAGUAUAUACCACCGUCCGAUAGACGAACCAACCCAUUCACAUUCAAAAAGAUUCCCCUGGGAGUAUAUACCCACCGUCCCGAUAGGCAGACCAACCGUCCGGAGUAUAUACCACCGGGCGACGAACCAACCCAUUUCCCAUUCAAAGACUGGGGAGUAUAUUCGAAAACGAACCAACCCAUUCCCAUUCAAAAGACUGCUGGUAUAUACCACCGUCGAUAG